AUGACGAAGGCGCUCCAUAAGAAUAACUACUUCAGUGGACAAUACAAAGAGUACAAUGUUGGAAUUGAAUUUGAAAGCCUCAUUGAAGACGAAUUAGCUCAGCAGUCCGAGCUGGCAACAGUAACUGACAGGGAGAGGGACCAUCUACUUAAUAAGAGAUAUAGUGAUCUGAUAAAGGACCAGAAGAAAAGAGAUGCAGAAAUUGAUGCAGAGCUGAAGAAACAAGAGGAAAACAUCCGGCUUGAAGAAGAGGCCUACAUGGCAGCUAAACAAGAAGCUGCAAGAGCAGCUAACCAAACAAGGGCCCUUGAUCAGCGGAGGAGUAAACCUGUAGCUAAUGGCGUCUCCAAAUCAUCAUGGUUGGGUGACAAUGAAAAUGAAUGGAAUGUGUUAUGGGAAAAGAUCCCAAAUGAAUCAUACAGUCUGAGAAAAACUGAGAAAAAGCAAAAAGCUGGGGAUGAUGAGGAUGAUUUUGAAACAUUCCUUGAGUCUGUGAAGGCACGGUCACAAUCAGUCCGAACAAAUGGUAUGGCACCUUACCCAUACAGCAGGACAGGGGAAGCCAGCCUACGUGAUUGUCCUGCUACUGGCCUUGUUAGCCAUCGAGGGACAUCAGGUGGAUCUGUUAGUAUGCCAGAAGCUUCCAGUGAGCAGUUGGAAUUGGAUUCAGACUUUGAACCUGAGUUUGUCAUGGCUGAAGCAUUGCAAGAACAAGUGUUGACCAGGGAACCAAGUCAGUUUACAGAAAAUACUGGAGAAAUAGUGCAAUUAACAAAUGAUUCUACUGCAAACAUUGCGCUGCAGUCUGAUCAGACCCAAGUUGUUGUUCAGAUGCAUGACAGGAAGCAUACAACUCCACAAAGCCCUACAAGCAAGGUUGAUAAGGGGUCAGAGGUCUCCAAUCAUUGGACACAGUCAGGGAUAGUGCAAUCUGCCAAAGUAUCAGCACCAACGCAGUCGCAUGAAAACAAAACAAGCCCUACACAGAUAUCGACAAAAACAGAUGAACCAUUGGCCACAGAGGUUGACCCUUUUGAUUUUGACAAAUUUCUUGAGGAACUGGAUCUUGAGGAAUAAGCAGCCGAGUUCAUAUGCAUUUCUGUACAAUUAUUUUAUGUCUAUGUACAAAUCAUACACAAAUUUUGAUGCUAAAAAGGGUACAUUGAAUGGAAAUUAGUUAAAAUCUAAUUUGAAAUAUCAUGUGAAAUGCACAAUCCUUACUAUAAUUCCAGGAAUCUCUGUCUGUCGUCUGUCGGUCUGUCUGUCUGUCUGUCUGUCUGUCUGUCUUUCUGUCUGUCUGUACGUCGAUUAUCUCCAGAACCGGGCACCGUAUGAAGUUGAAAGUCGGCGGGUGUAUUGCUCGGGACCACAGAAUGUGCAGUGUCAAGUUUGAAGUUGUUUGGAAGAGCGGUUCUCGAAAAAGCUGCAAAAAAGCAGUAUUUUCUGCGGGCAAACGUGCCAGCUAGCCUAAAACACCGCGCACUGAUGU